UGCAGUGGGAUGCUAGGAAAGGGGCUGGAAAGGACUUCAGGAAGUCAUUUAGUUCAACCCUCUGCCCAAGGCAGAAUCAUCCCUACCCUAACAGACAAGCACUUGCAUGAGCCAAACAUUCCUAAAACUACCCAAUCAACCCUGUUGUACAACUAAAAGACAUGUUGCCCAAAGACACCAAGAGCAUGCUGAACUGCCACAGAUUAAGCCUAUAAUCAAGACCUUGAAACACAUGACUACAGAAACCUACUAAAGAUGUCUGUUCCAAACCAGCACCAUUCAACUAUUGUUAAUCCUCUGCCACCAGAAUACAUAAAUCCUAAAAACAAUGGUUGUCUAACAAAUCAACUUCAAUAUCUGCAGAAGGUGGUCAUGAAAGCUGUGUGGAGGCACAGCUUUUCCUGGCCAUUUCACCAGCCUGUUGAUGCUGUUGCACUAAACCUUCCGGAUUACUAUAAUAUCAUCAAGAAACCCAUGGACUUGAGCACAAUUAAGAAGCGUUUGGAACACAAUUAUUACACAGAAGCUACAGACUGCAUUGAAGACUUCAAAACAAUGUUCACAAACUGCUAUGUGUAUAACAAGCCAGGUGAUGACAUUGUGUUCAUGGCUCAAUCAUUAGAAAAAGUAUUCAUGCAGAAAUUGGCGCACAUGCCACCAGAAGAGAAAGUGGUGAUUGCCAAUAAAGGGAAGAGAAAAGGAAAGAAACCAGAAGGACCUCAGCAGACUGAUCCAAGGUCUUCUGAGGCUAAGCAAAAUCCUCUACAGAAACCACUUGAAUGUCUUGAGCAAUCUCAAGUUAUGACUCCAGUGUCACAGAAGGGUACAUCAGCAUCUUUGUCUACAGCUCAUUUGAGUACUUUAAUGCCAGCCACAGUCCUUAUAACAAAAGUUAAAAAAGGUGUGAAAAGGAAGGCUGAUACUACAACUCCUACUGCAUUAUUUACAGCAAGCAGUGAAUUUUCUCCUGUACUUAAUGAACCAAAAGUUGCUAAACCGUGUAGAGGAGAGAAUGAAUGUAGUCUACCAGAGAAGUUUCCAAAGCGAGAUGUGCCAGAUUCUCAACAGUCUCCUGAGGUGGUCAAAAAAGUUCGACUUUCAGAACAACUGAAACAUUGCAAUGAGAUCCUUAAAGAAAUGUUUUUGAAGAAACAUGCAGCAUAUGCUUGGCCUUUUUAUAAAUCUGCAGAUGUUGCAGCCUUGGGACUUGAUAUAAUUAAAUGCCCUAUGGACCUUGGUAUUAUUAAGAAAAAAAUGGAUAACUAUGAAUAUAAAGAUACACAAGAAUUUGCUGCAGAUGUUCGGUUAAUGUUUAUGAACUGCUACAAAUAUAAUUCUCCAGACCAUGAAGUGGUUGCUCUGGCAAGAAAACUCCAGGAUAUUUUUGAGAGACAGUUUGCUAAAAUUCCAGAUGAACCUGUUGCAAAGCUACCUCUGUCACACUCCGCAACUGAACUAGUAAAAGCUUUUUCUACUGAAAGCAGCAGUGAAGACUCCUCUGAAAAAAAGUCCUCUUCUGAAGACUCAGAAGAUGAAAGAGCACAGCGCCUUGCAAAGCUUCAGGAGCAACUUAAAGUUCUUCAACAACAGUUGCGGGCUUUGACCAAAACAUCUUUCCCCAAACCCAGGAAGAGAAAAGGAACGGCUAAGAAAGAAAAGAGAGGAAGCAAGGAAAAAUCUAAAAUGAAAAAUGUGACUCAGAAAAAAAAGAAGAUAAAGUACACAAAAAAAUUGAAGAAAAAAUUGGCGUUAAACCUUCAAUCAAAAAGAACCAAGCAGCAAGUUUUAUUGGCGCACAAGUCAGAAGAUGAGGAUAGUGCCAAGCCUAUGAAUUAUGAUGAAAAAAGACAGUUAAGUCUGGACAUAAAUAAACUCCCUGGAGAUAAACUUGGAAGAGUAGUGCAUAUAAUACAGUCAAGAGAGCCUUCACUGAGAAACUCUAACCCUGAUGAGAUAGAAAUAGACUUUGAAACUUUAAAAGCAUCAACACUUAGAGAACUAGAGAAAUAUGUGGUGGCUUGCUUAAGGAAAAAAACAAGAAAACAACAUGCUAAGAAACCAGUAAAGUCAAAAGAAGAACUUAAUUUUGAGAAAAAAAGAGAGUUAGAAAAGAGGCUUUUGGAUGUCAAUGGGCAACUAAACCCCAAGAAGCAAAACACCAAACCUGAAAACAACACUCUGCCAAACAUUAUGGGUGGCCCAAGCCGACUAAGCGAGAGCAGCAGCUCCUCUGACUCUGGCAGCAGCAGUGAUUCUAGCAGCAGUGAUUCUAGCUCCUCAUCAGAUAGCAGUGACUCGGAGUCAGAAAUAUGCUCAAAGCAGAACAGCUCAAGUCAAAAUGGCUUAACUUCUAACAAGCAAAUGAAGAGGAUGUCCCACAAUGCUGUUCCUCAAGUGCAGAACCCAUUUUCUUUUGCUAGUAGCUUACAAAACCAAAAAUCCUCGAGACUGCCUUCUCCCAAAGUACCACAGCAGCUGCAACCUUGGCCUCUACGAUACAGUCCAUUUAAACCACUAGAACAAACCCAGUCUCCUUCAGGUCAUUCUGAUGACACUGAUAAAAACCCACUAGAGGCUAAAUCUCAAAUUUUUUCUAAGAAGGACUUAAAGCUCAAGAAUACAGAGUCCUGGAUAAGCUUAUGUAAGAAGAUGGCACUUCCAGCUCCCAUAAAAGCUUCAACUGAAAGCUUCAAACAAUUCAGGAAAGUGGCACUAGAAAAGGAAAAGAGUGAGCGAGUGCAGGAAUUGAGGAAACAAGUAGAAGGUGAGGGGCAGUGGAAUCCUCUUCCUCAAGAAAGGAACCAAGAAGCAAUGGAACCGGAACCAGUGGCAAUAAAAGCCCAGGAGCCCCAGAAAGAGGACCCAAUAAAAGAACAGCAACAAUCAUUGAGGGCACAACAAAAUUUGCAACAAGGUCUUGUCAAAGACCGUGACUUGGCUAGAAAAAUGGAGCAAGAACGCAGGAGAAAGGAAGCAAUGACUGGUACCAUUGAUAUGAAUAUGCAGAGUGUUAUAAUGGCAACUUUUGAAGAAAAUCUUGAGUGACAUCUUUGACUCUGAAAAUGGCUACAGCUUAAGUGAUACUAUUCAAUAUUGUUUGUACAAUAAACUUCAUAAGUGCUGAAUGCCUGUGUGCUAUUUAAAUACCCCUAAUUGUCAAUGCAUAAUUUGAUAUCUCCCUCCCUUGUGUUUAUCUGUAAGAUCUACUUGUUGCUGGCUAGUUAAGGACAGUCAUUUUUUUACUAGGCUUUUUUUUUUUAAAGUGACAUGUUUAUACACAGACUUUUUUGGAACAACUGUCUCCCUGUUUUGAAUUCAAAAUGUUAUGUUUAAAUGUCUUUCAAAAUUGUUUUAAUAUAUUGUUUGCAGCUGAUUUUCAAUCUUGUUUUCACCAGCCACUUUUCUGGUAAUGGUAAACUCUACAUAGCACUAAGUGUAAGUGCAUACUUUACAAAAACUUCUCCAAACCAUAGUUUUGUGCCUUGCAGUAGCAAAUAUCACUGUUUAUUGGCCCACAGAAAUAUGCUAUUAAAUAUUGAUUGUACCAAAAGACUAUAUAAUAAUAUAAAAUCUGUAGGGAUGUUGUAUUUAGAGACUACAAUAUGUGGAAAUUUCCCUAUUGUUUGUACUAGAUCUCCAUUUCUCACUUGCUAUAUCCUGUAUGCUUACAACUUUUUAAUUGAGGUAUAGGCAUGAUGAUAUUUUUGUUAAUACAGUAAGCUAUUUUUAAGUUAUGCAGGUGAGAACAAGCAUGGAAGAGUGCUUAAUAACUCAAUCUUUUCUUUUCUAAGAUUCAUUAACACUAAAUUAUUUCUGGCUAGUUUAAAAAGAAUAUCUGAAAUUGAAGCCCUUAAAGUAGAAAC